AUGGCAUACCUGGUUCACACGGCUCACCCUCAGUUCGUCAGCCUGUGGUUGAGCGCCGUGGGUUGGGCCCUUACCGCGGUGACCCUUGGACUCAUCCAGUGGAGGGUCUGGCAGGUGGCCGACUUGACCUUCAUCACCUCAGGAGAGGCCUGGGUCGGUCUCUGGAGGGUGUGUUUCUAUAGCCAUACGCUCGUGACCUCUGGGUUCAGGGUCAUGUAUUGUCAGAGUAUGGCGCUGUCCGACUCCUUCACGCCCCCGGAGGUCGCCACGGCCCAGGUGCUCACUCUGCUAGGGCUGGUCGUGGGGUUCUGUGGAAACGCCGCCGCCGUCUACGCCCUCAGGAGCGUCUAUUUCGGACUGGAGAAGCAGACGCCUAUCCGCCGUGCGUUCGCAGUGGCUGGUACUCUGUGCUUGUUGUCCGCUGUGUGUUUUCUCAUACCUCUCCUGUGGAACUUGAACUCGGUGGUGACCAAUCAAACGAUUGCGUUCCCUUCGAACUUCCACAUGCCCCCUGCACCUGUGACCCAGAAACCAGGGGCAGGUAUCGGGGUCGGGAUCAUAGGGUCGUUUAUGAUGAUCGUCAGUGGAGUUAUCUUCAUCCUCUACAGGUUCCCUGUCAAGAUGGGACCCAGAGUGGAGCCUUCUGGUCCAGAGGCAAGACACUUUGAUGGGUCACGUGUUGGGACAUUGUCCCCUGGGUCUGUGGGACACAGUAUGGGUAAUCUGAGUAACUCUCAGGCCAGGGACAAUCCUGCCUUCCACUCUGAUGAGCACUUGUGA